AUGAGGGUUGCGUGGACUCGUGCCAUUCGCUUCGUCGCCCCCGACGGCCGAGUCCUACGGGGAGAGCCGAUUCUUCCUGCUUCCGACGUCGACAUAGGCAAAUUGACCGAGGCAGACGCCCUCCAAGCAAAGGUCAUCGUAGGCGACGAUCUGUACGACGAGUCUGGGGCAACCUACGUCAGUGAAGAAGUCGUGGCUGUGAAGAAGUUGUUAGGGCCCCUUGCUCAAAGCAAUGUUCCCAUCCUCAGAUGUAUUGGAUUGAAUUACCUUCGACACAUUCUGGAGGUUCCUGGCCGGGAGCCACCGCCAUUCCCAUCCAUUUUCUUCAAGUCCAACACCACGGUGAAUGACCAUGAUGCUGCGGUGAUCAUUCCUAAAAUCUGUCAGGACGAUCAGGCCGACUACGAAGGAGAACUGUGUACCGUCAUGGGCAGAGAUGCUAAAGAUGUAUCUAUCGAUACCGCACUUGAAUACGUUGCCGGAUUCACCUGCGGCAAUGACCUUUCCUCCAGAAAGCAUCAAAGGGACCCUGCGUAUGCCGGCGACCCUGAAAAAUUGCAUCUAAGAACGAUCGUGGACGGGGAAGUGAGGCAAAACACGGCGUUGAACGACCUUUUGUUUAGCUGUGCAUAUAUAGUCUCAUAUCUGAGCUCGGGUACGACUUUACAAAAGGGAAGCGUGAUCAUGACAGGUACUCCUGGCGGGGUUGGCGCUAGUUUUAAUCCACCAAAAUACCUGAAGCCUGAUACAGUGAUGGAGGUAGAAAUUUCCAAAAUCGGCACGUUGAGAAACUAUGUAGAGUUUGCAUAA